AUGAUAGUAAUAGACAUGGUUUUUGUUGAGAAGAGCCAAUUUAUUGAGAGUGUGUGCGAAAUUGUUGUCAAGGGUCAUUGGGGCAAUUUGUUGAAUGCAAAGAAUGGCUCUGCUCUCACUUCCACUACCAUACACAAUGUGCUUUUGCAUCUCUCACUUUAUGGUUAUGGGCCCUCUUAUUCCUUUCCAUUCUUCAAAUGGGUUGCCUCCAUCCCACAUUUUAGCCACUCCUUGCAAUGUUCAUGGACCAUGAUUCACAUACUCACCAAACACAAACAUUUCAAAACUGCACAACAGAUGCUUGACAAAAUUGCCCACAAGGAUUUUCUUUCAUCUCCUUCGGUUUUGAGCUCUUUGGUGAGGAUUCAUGACGACCCAGAAGUUAAUUCACAUGUUUUGAGCUGGCUUGUGAUACAUUAUGCAAAGUCAAAGAUGACCCAGGAUGCAAUUCAAGUUUUUGAACAGAUGAGGUUGUUAUAUAAAGUCAAGCCCCAUUUGCAUGCUUGUACUGUGCUUUUGAAUUGUUUGGUGAAUGAUGGGAUUACUAAUAUGGUUUGGAAGAUUCAUAAGAGAAUGGUUCAAGGUGGGGUUGUUCUCAAUAUCUACAUUUACAAUUGUUUAAUCCAUGCUUGUUCCAAAUCAGGAGAUGUGGAGAGGGCAGAACAGUUACUAAAUGAGAUGGAAGCAAAGGGUGCGCUUCCUGACAUUUUUACAUAUAAUACUUUGAUAUCAUUAUAUUGCAAGAAAGGUAUGCACUAUGAGGCUUUGUCCAUCCAGGACAAAAUGGAAAAAGAGGGGAUAAAUCUUGAUAUAGUUAGUUAUAAUUCUCUUAUUUAUGGAUUUUGCAGAGAAGGUAGGAUGAGAGAAGCUAUGAGGAUGUUUAGUGAAAUUAAAAGUGCAGCUCCCAAUCACGUGACAUAUACUACGUUGAUUGAUGGUUAUUGUAAAACGAAUGAACUGGAGCAAGCUUUGAAAAUGCGUGAGCUGAUGGAGGCUAAGGGAUUGUACCCUGGAGUUGUUACUUAUAAUUCAAUUUUGCGCAAGCUGUGUCAAGAUGGCAGGAUAAAAGAUGCAAACAAGCUUUUGAAUGAGAUGAGUGAAAGAAAAGUUCAAGCUUGAGAGAAUAUACAUUACUCAGCAAAUGUUUUCAAAAAAAUUGUUCCUGAAAGUUUGCGUAAGUUUCUGUAUUCCUCUAUUCAUGUGUGAGUCUGCUAUGGCUCAAAUUGUAUACAGUUAGCAAGAAAUAGAGAAAGAAAAUGUUAAAAAUAUCAUUUGAAUUAUAUUUUUUAUUUAUGCCUGCAUAGAUAUUGGA